GUCUUCUUUCCCGGGCCAAUUCGACCGCCUCAAACAUAUUUAUCAAGCUCCAUGGUAUUUACCUGCAGAGGAACCUUGUAACCACUGCGGUGCAUAUCGUUUUUACGGAGAGUCUGCUGGUUUCUGUUGUGGGAGUGGUCAGGUGUUCCUUCCCAAGACGGUGAUUUGUCCUAUUAUGUGGUUCUUGUUCACUGAUGCAGUAUCGGAGCUAGCGAUUGAGUUUAGACGCAGAGUUAGAUCAUACAAUGGAGCCUUUGCUUUUACUUCUAUUGGUAUGAAGAUCGAUGAGAAUUCAUGGUGGCCGCGGGAUGGUAUAUAUGCAUUAAAGGUUGUGGGGCAGGUUCACCAUUCCAUGAAUCAUGUGGAUGGUUUUCCAGACUUGUCGAAAAUGCUUCAACUUUUUUUCCUCGACACGGCCGAUAAUUUGCCUGAGACAUCAUUGCAGAAAAAGGAUUUCCGCCGGGAUAUUAUGACACUUAUUAUUGAUGUUUUACAAAUCCAUAUGCGUCGUUCUUCAAGCGUUUGCGUACAUGGGAAGACCUUUCUGAUGCCUAUAUUGUUCUUAGAUCUAAUUCGGUUCUAGAUCAGAGAAAUUAUAACCUUCCUACUACCGAUCAGGUCGCAGCUGUUUGGAAAGAUGGGGAUGAGAGUUGUGGUGGAUUAGAACGUGAUAUACGGGUUUUUACCCAGGCUGGUUUGAGUCGUAAAAUCAGGAUUGAAAAAUUGCAUUUGCCCCAUAAAUAUUGUGCAGGAGCCUGUCGGCCUGUAUGUGAUGGACUCAAUGUUGCUGCUGCGACUGAUGUAAAUUCUGCUGACCAUUUGCUACUCCUUGAGGAUGAAGUGCUUCAGCAGAAUAAAAGAAACCGUUCAAAUGUUUCGUGUAGACAAUACUAUUGCUAUAAAGCCCAAAUGCGUGACGGUGAUUACUCGUGCUUACUUCAUGCUGGUAGGUUAGGCCAACAAUAUGUGAUUGAUAUGUAUAUUAAAGUGGAAACUUCACGGUUGGAUUACUAUAGAUCGGAGCAAGUUCAAAAGGAAUUACGGACUGAAUCAUUUCAAGGUAUUGUUGAUAGCCUCCACAUUGAUGGUCACAUAGGGCCCUCUGAUAUUGGCCAAAGGCUCGUGCUUCCAUCUUCUUUUAUUGGUGGUCCAAGAGAUAUGCGAAAACGAUAUGUCAAUGCUAUGGCGCUUGUCCAGAAAUUCGGAAAACCUGAUUUGUUUAUAACCAUGACGUGCAAUCCUGCGUGGAAAGAAAUUACUGAUUUAUUAUUGCCUGGCCAAAAAGCUGAUGAUCGGCCGGACUUGGUUGCUCGAGUUUUUCAAGCAAAGCUACAAGAGCUGAAGGACGAUAUUGUUAAAAAAAAAAUAUUUGGUCCAGUGGCAGCAUAUGUGUAUGCUAUUGAGCAGCAAAAACGUGGUCUUCCACAUUGUCAUUGGGUUAUUAUUUUACAAGAUGGGCAUCAUAUUACUUCUCCAGAGAUGUAUGAUCAAAUUAUCUCCGCAGAACUUCCGAAUGCCUCAAAUCCGUUCUUGCGAGAUUAUGUAGUCAGGCACAUGAUGCAUGGACCGUGUGGUGAGUCGAAUCCUAAAAAUGUGUGCAUGCGCGAUGGUCAAUGCAAAAAUCAUUAUCCAAAGGAUUUUUCUGCUGAAACAGUAAACGGUCCAAAUGGUUAUGCUCUAUACAGGAGAAGAGAUGACGGCGAAAGAGUUCUUGUUAGAAAGGUGCUUCUUGAUAAUAGAAAUGUGGUGCCUUACUGCCCCUACCUUUUAGCAAAGUUUGAUUGCCAUAUUAAUGUGGAAAUAUGUGCUGACAUCAAAUUGGUUAAAUACUUGUAUAAGUAUAUUCACAAAGGACAUGAUAAAAUUGCAUAUAAUGUUGUCCCAGAUGCAUCGUUCGAUGUUCGAGAUGAAAUACAGGCGUAUCAGAACGGCCGUUGGAUAUGUGCUCCUGAGGCCUAUUGGAGGAUAUAUGGUUUCUUGAUGGGUGAAAUGUCACCUCCGGUUGUAGUAAUGCCUGUGCAUUUACCAAAUCAUCAGCCUUUGCGUUUUGGCGUGCAUCAAUCAUUACAACAGGUUUUGCGUAAUCCUUUCUCGUGCAAAACUAUGCUUACUGAAUUUUUUAACGCCAACAGAUGUGAGGAAUCGGCUAUCCGUCUCAGGCUUCUCUACAAAGAGUUUCCUGAAUAUUUUGUGUGGGAGGCAGGGAAGCGAAAAUGGAAGAUUCGUCAAAAACAACAUGUGGUUGGUCGCCUUUGUACGGUUAACCCGUUGGAAGGUGAGCGAUAUUUUGAGCGUUUGCUCCUGCUUAAUGUGCGAUGCCCUACUUCUUUUGAAGACUUAUUAACUUUCAAUGGUCACACAUAUUUUACAUUUCGUGAGGCUGCUACUGCAAGAGGUCUUCUACAAUCUGAUGAAUAUAUAGAUACCUGCUUGGCCGAGGCCUGUUUGUUCCAGACUCCUUCCUCUUUGCGUUUACUGUUUGCGUUACUUCUUGUUUAUGGUGUUACUGGUGAUGUUCAAAUUUUAUGGGAUAAAUAUUUCUCUUCGUUGUCUGGAGAUUUUGCUCAUGGUGGACUACUGACAACUGCUCAGGUUAUUAGGAAGACUGUCUCUGAUAUUGAUUUCGUGUUGAACUCUAUGAAUAGAUCUAUUACUGAUUUUCCAAUCCGUUUUUCUUGUGAAUGUCCACUUGCUGACGAUCGAUUAAGUAUGGACUAUAAAUACGAAUGCUCCAUAGGUGUUUCCGCAGAGGAUAUGAUCUCUAUUGGAUGCCUGAAUACCGAUCAGCAAAGCGCAUUUUCCCAGAUCAUCGCCCAGCUUGAUAUUGGAGGGCAUGGUGUAUUCUUUAUCGAUGGUCCCGGUGGUACUGGCAAGACAUUUUUGUACCGUUCAUUACUUGCAUAUGUUCGCUCGAAAGGCGGUAUUGCUCUCGCCGUUGCAAGUUCAGGUGUAGCUGCAGCAUUGUUGCCUGGUGGGCGAACAGCUCACUCAAGAUUCAAAUUGCCGUUUGAUGUUGAUGAUGUUGAUAUUGGAAAGGUUAGUAAGCAAAGCAGCCUAGCCAGAAUGAUACGGGAGGCUGAACUUAUUAUAUGGGAUGAGGCGCCAAUGGCCAACCGUCAUUCUGUUGAGGCAUUUGAGUUAUUGCUGUCUGAUUUGUGCGAUAGUUCGUUGCCUUUUGGUGGGAAGAUAGUUUUAUUUGGUGGCGAUUUUAGGCAAACAUUGCCAAUAGUUGUAGGUGGUUCAAGAGAUUCGAUGAUUGCUGCAAGUAUGGUGAGUUCUACAUUGUGGCAGGAUAUAAUUUGUCUACGACUAUCUGAGAAUAUGCGUGCUAAAGAGGAUCCUAUUUUCUCAGAAUUUUUGCUUCGAAUUGGUAAUGGAGUUGAGCCUUUUUUGUUCGACGACAAUAUCAAACUUCCGUCCAAUAUGUUAGUCCCGUUCGUUGAUGAGGCUACCUCUUUGGACUGUCUUAUUAAUGAUGUUUACCCUAAUCUCGAUACGUUUGUUCAAAAUCCUCUUUCCUUUAUAAAUAGAGGUCUCCUUACUACAAAAAAUGAUUGUGUUGACGAACUUAAUGAUCUAUUAAUAGAACGAUUCCCUGGUCAGAUGAAGGAAUAUGUGAGCUUUAACAGAACGAACGAUCCACUGCAGCAAGGAGAAUAUGAAGACUUCCUCAGUACUAUUUCACCAAGUGGGCUUCCUCCAAACAUGUUGCGGCUAAAGGAGAAUUGUCCGAUUAUGCUGUUAAGAAACUUAAAUCCAGUACAGGGCCUUUGCAAUGGUACACGUUUGAUUUGUCGAGAGUUGGGGGAAAACUUUAUUCGUGCUGAAAUUGCAGUUGGUGAUUUUAAAGGUGUUACUGUUUUCAUUCCUCGUAUACCUUUAGAAACACCAAGUCAGCUAAAAUGUCCAAUUUCAUUCAAGAGAAUGCAGAUACCAGUCCGUCUCUGUUUUGCAAUGACAAUAAACAAAUCUCAGGGACAAACUUUAGAUUUUGUGGGAAUUUACCUUAAGGAACCUGUAUUCUCUCAUGGGCAGUUGUAUGUCGCGUUGUCAAGGGCAAAGUCUGCUGCUGCUGUUAGGGUUCUUAUCCAUCCAGGUUCAAGAUGCAAGCGUGUAGUCGAUUAUACAAGAAAUAUUGUUUUCCAUGAGAUUUUUAGAUUACUUAAUGGUGUUGACAACACAACGUCUUAAC